AUGAGGACCAUAGACCUUGUACCAGCUGAAACAGUAGAAAUCCACUUCGAGGUCUUUCAUUACGGGAUUUGUGCGACUGGUAGCAAUCCACGAUUUCACGGUAAGACCCUUCUACUCAGCCAAUUGCACCCAGGAGGCGAUGUUGGCUUCACCAUCGAGCUUAAAGACUACUAUCUCCGAUCCUCACGGGAAGUUAGGCGAUAUGGAGAGAUUACGGAAGAGCUGGGUAGUCGAAGAGCUGAAGACGACCCAUCGGGGCCGGCAUUCACCUAUGCGGCACCUGCUUUGCUACCUUUUGCCUACGUUGUUGCUCCAGUCUGUCAAUCAAACUCAACUGCAUCUACUCGAGAUUUUCGGAGGGUCCUACGAAGUAGUGACCGCCUCUAG